AUGGCUGUGGCUGCUUUCCAGUACGUGUACGCACAUAGCUUUUCUUUUCUUUUCUUUUUUCCUUUGCCGCACAUACCGGGCUUGUCCCAUAAGAGCAACGCCUCCUCCCAAAAGGCAGAAGCGAAAACGAGCCUGUGCAGAUCUCGUAUGCAGUACCUCCUGUCACCAGAUUACGACCAGCCUCUGUGGGCUGCAACCGUGGCGACUAUACAGGGCUCCUCGUCAACGCGACUCAAGCUCAUCGCCCUGUGGAAACUGGCGAUCCACAUUUCAAAUUUCGCAGGAUGUAAUGAGGAAUUGACAUUGCAGCCGGUGCUUCAUGCCGAGCCGCUCCUCGGAGUGACGACCAUCAUCAGCUCCAUGCCGGUCAGAGUUGCCCGUUCCAAUGAACUUGGGCAGAACCUUCAUCGUCACCGCUCCGCGAUGUUUCAACCCGAUAAAGCGAUUUCUUCUUACGGCGACCUCGGCACCGUGGGCUGGCAUAACUCAACACCACCAGCCCAUGGGAAGUCAUAUAUCCAUGCAGCCAAUGCUUUCCAAUCUCCAGCUGCGUUCCGGCUACCCGACUUUGUCUCUGAAGCCCCGGCGCCAAGAUCUCAUAUCCUGGUCAAUAGAGGAAACCUCUUUCUCCGCGGCACGGGUCUGGAGUUACUGCUAGGUUUCGCAACGCACACUGGCUCACCACCAAGUACCGCCGCACCUUGGUACCAGCAUUAG